UUAGUCGGCGAGCGCCGUGCUGCCGGUGUCGUUGUGUACCGCAUUUUUUCUCUUUUCGCCGAGUGACAGAAAAAAAGAGAAGGUACUUCCCGGUCGGCACGUCGAGUCGUGGUCGGGUCGUGACACGAGGGUAUUUUUUCCUCGCGGACGAAAAGAAAUCGUUACGAUACCCGGAGUUACGUAAACGUCGGCCAAACAAAGAUGCGCGAAAUUGUUCCGAUCGUUCUCCGUGUAGAGCGCGGUUGACUCUGCUCGCGUUAUCGCUGCUCGCGAUUAUUUAUACGGGUUUUUUCGCCGAUCGUGUCCGGAGCGGGCGCAAAAACGAACGAUUCGAAUCCGUCGUUACGUGGACCACGUGCGCGCAACCGUACGUCAAGAGCACGAGCCGACUCCCACUACCGUGCACCUGUGCACCUGUGCAAGGUUGUAGAUAGUCGAGAACAGGAGCCAUGCUGGCACGUUUGUUCGAGAUCCACGGCCGGUUCUGCGCCGGCCACCCCCUGGAGGUGAUCGUGUCCACGUUCACGCUGACGGCGUGCAUCCUGAACAUGGAGACCGAAAGCGGGCAGCCGCGAGACGAAGCUCUUCCUGUGUCCUCGCACUGUCGGGCUGGCCGGUGUAAUUCGGACGACUUAAAUGCAGCCGAUAUCAUCGUGAUGACCAUAAUACGAUGUCUCGCAAUACUGUUCACCUACCAUCAGUUUCGAAAUUUACAGAAGCUGGGCUCGAAAUACAUUUUAGGUAUAGCCGGCCUAUUCACCGUGUUCUCCAGCGUUGUGUUCACGUCGAGCGUUGUCAAUUUCGGACGCAGCGACAUUUCCGAUUUGAAGGAUGCGCUGUUCUUCUUCUUGCUCAUCAUCGAUCUGUCCAAGGCCGCGAUAUUAGCGCAACUAGCUCUACGCUCGAGGAGCCAAGAGGAAGUACGAGCGAACAUAGCGCGAGGAAUGUCUCUGUUAGGGCCGACCAUUACCUUGGACACCUUAGUCGAGACGCUGCUCAUCAGCAUAGGAUCCCUGUCCGGCGUCAGAAGGCUGGAAAUCCUAUGCGGCUUCGCCUGCCUCGGAAUUGUCGUUAAUUACAUUGUUUUCAUGACCUUCUACCCUGCCUGUCUAUCGCUCAUCCUCGAGCUUUCUCGCGGGACGAAUAGCAUGAAGCCUCUGAGCCCCGACAAGAUCUUCAUGAUUCAUCCGUUGAACGAGGAGGAUCAGAAGCCGAAUCCCGUAGUGGAGCGCGUCAAGCUGAUCAUGAUCGCCGGCCUAUUUGUAGUGCACGCCAACAGUCGCUGGCCUUUUAAGAACGAUGAAAACGACCACACGGUGGAAGGGAAAGUGUCGCCCGCGAAUUCUCACAUUGUAGCGAACGCGUACAAUAAAACGGAGAACCAGACGGAAGUGAAGGCGUAUUUGAUGAACUGGCUGUCGGUCAGCGCGGAUAACAUCAUAAUACUGAUACUGCUGCUCGCGCUAGCUAUCAAGUUCAUAUUCUUCGAGGAUAAAGGCGACAUCGCGAAGCAGCUGCGAUUCAAGGAGGAGGACGACACCGAGGAGAAGGUCGAGAUCGAGUACACCGAGCUCGUGGACACCGCCGCCAUGGACGUGUCGUUGCGCCAGCGAUUCGAGGAGACGCACCCCGCCAUGCGUCCCGCUAUUUUCCCCCUGUCCGGGGUGGGCGGCGGUUGGAUCGAGGUGGAGAAUGAAUCUCAAAUGGAAUUCAUUGACAAAGAGGUGCAAACCGACGGCAGACAGUCGAGCAUAGACUCGUCCGGCAGCGAAUGCGCGUCUCCGCAGGCGACGGUUCCUAGACCUCUGGAGGAAUGCCUCGAAAUAUACAAGUCCGAGCUUGGAGCGAGCGGGCUGACGGACGAGGAGGUUAUCCAGUUGGUGAAGUACAAGCACAUAGCCGCCUAUCAGCUGGAGAAAGCUGUAGGGGAUAUGGAGCGCGGCGUAAAAAUCAGACGUCUGAUAAUCGGUGAAGCUGGAAAGUUCGUGGAAGAUCUGACGGAACUGCCGUACACGCACUACGAUUACUCGAAAGUGUUGGGAUCGUGCUGCGAGAACGUUAUAGGAUACGUGCCGGUGCCGCUUGGAAUCGCUGGUCCGCUGCUGAUCGAUGGUGAACUCUAUCACGUGCCGAUGGCGACAACCGAGGGGUGCUUGGUAGCCUCCACCAACCGAGGGAGCAGAGCUCUGUUGAAGUGCGGCGUGACGAGUCGCGUGGUGGCCGACGGUAUGACCAGAGGACCGGUCGUAAGAUUCCCGAAUAUCGUCAGAGCCAGCGAGGCUAUGGCGUGGAUGCAGGAUCCGGAGAAUUUCGAGAAGAUGAAGGAUCAUUUCGACCUGACCAGCAGAUUCGCGAGGUUGUCGAAGAUACAUAUACGAAUCGCCGGCCGGCAUUUGUUCGUUCGCUUCGUGGCGACGACGGGUGAUGCGAUGGGCAUGAAUAUGCUAUCCAAGGGCACGGAGAAAUCGUUAAAUACGGUGAAGGAAUAUUUUCCUGAUAUGGAAAUUUUAUCGCUGAGCGGUAAUUUUUGCGCAGAUAAGAAACCCGCCGCUGUUAAUUGGAUUCAAGGAAGGGGUAAGAGUGUGGUCUGCGAAGCGGUGGUACCUGCGGACGUUGUUACUAACGUUCUAAAGACUUCGGUUCAUGCAUUAGUUGAUGUGAAUAUAAGUAAAAACAUGAUUGGCUCCGCUAUAGCCGGCAGCGUGGGCGGUUUCAAUGCCCACGCUGCGAACAUCGUCACUGCAAUUUUUAUAGCUACGGGUCAAGAUCCUGCGCAGAACGUUGGAAGUAGUAAUUGUAUGACUUUGAUGGAACCUUGGGGUGCGGACGGUACAGAUUUGUAUGUAUCUUGCACGAUGCCCAGUAUAGAGAUAGGUACCAUUGGAGGUGGAACUGGUCUUCCUGCACAAGGGGCGUGCUUGGCUAUGUUAGGCGUCAAAGGCGCCAACAGCAGUCAACCUGGCGAAAACGCCAGCAAAUUAGCUAGAAUUGUAUGUGCCACAGUACUUGCCGGUGAAUUAUCGCUAAUGGCGGCUCUCACAGCCGGUCAUUUAGUUAAAAGUCAUCUUAGGCACAACAGAUCAACUACCACAGUAAUAAACGAAUUGACUGUCCCCCAAACUAAACUGGGAGAUACACUGACUGUGCCAAUUCUUUCUUCACACCCUGUACAAAACGUUUGUAAGAAGUUUGUAGACAAGUCUUAGCCGUAAUCGUAUGUAAACUGGUUCCGGCUUGGUCUCGCAGUAGAGUUUUGCGUACGCAUUGUCGUACAACUGCUUCAACGUAAUAUUCCAAAGAAAUAACGUUUCGUUUAUGCACGUGAAAGAAUAUACGUAUGUAUAUACUAACAAUGCAGGAACAGGGCUAAAAGGAAAGUAAACUGAUACGACGUGAAGAAUUUUAAUGAAAACACAGUGAUAUAGAAACUAAAAUGUAAAAGUACUUCAAAUAUACUAUGCAAGUGACUUACAUUGCAGACAGAGUGUACAGUUUUGAAUGCAAUGAAAUGUGUAUACUUAAUUUGCAAAGAAAACUGUGCGGUUAACAAUGGUUGUAUGAAAUUAGCGUUGUGCAAAGAUUAUUUUUGCGUACAAGAUCACAUGUCUCUACAUAGUGCAAUAUUAAUUUUUAGAUAUAGUAAUUUAAUUGAUCAGGCCGUCAUAAUGUAACAGUAAUAGAUAAUGUUAUCAGGCUGUACAUUAUGUAAUAUACUGAGUACAAUCAAACUAAUGAAUGUUCUCCGGAAAUAGUAGAGUAUAUAUAAAUAUAUAAUUAUGGUAUUCCAAUGCAAAUAAAAAAUUGUAAAUUUAUUGUUUGUUUUUGAAUGUUUAAAUAAUCUAAAGUCUAAGUAAAGUCAUUGAAAAUGUAAACACAUUAUGAUGUACAAAAUUUUAUUUGAGUACAAAUACACUUGAUUCCAAAUGAAAAGUAUUUAAGAAAAAGAAAAAACGAUAAGAAAAAUAGAUGAUAAAUAAAGGACACGAAAAAUGACGAAUUUCGAUUUUUUUCCAAUGUGCAUGCAUGGAAUGCAAAAAAAAUUUUCUUUAUAUGAAAAGAACAUAUUCUAUAGUACAACACAGCCUAAUGGAAUACUUUAAUAAAAUUUAUAACAGUUCUAAAAUUCACAUUUUUUCAUACGUUUCUUCGUAGCCACAAGUGGUGCAGGUGUGUGUAUAAUUAUCAUCUUCCUCAUUGUAUGUGUCUUCUCCAAAUUCAUGGGUGUGAGUAGCUUUCGAUGUUUUAUUAUACAAUGAGCUUCUAACUUGCAUUCUCAAUUGUUUAAUCUACAUACAAAAAAAAACAAUUCUUUAUUAAAUGAGAAAUACUUAUGCGAUAUAAAUAAUAUUGAAAAUGAUAUUAUUUUUUAUUUUAACUUAAGAAUAUUAUUGAAGUAUUGCUUAUAUUCUGUACCCUUUUGUUAAAUUUUUUAAUUUUUGUUCCUUCGCGUUUAAGAUCACGUAAUUCCUUUUCCUUUAUCAACUUUUCUUCUGAGCCCCAUACUUCCAACGCUCUCUCUUCCACUUGCAAAUGUAAAUAUAAUUUCAUUUCACCCCAAUUUGUAUUGUGAGGAUUUUUCCUUGUAAUAAAUUUCAAUGGAGGUUCUCUUUUAUCAAAAUCACAAUCUUUUAAUAAAUAUUCUUGUUUAGCCUCAGUUUUUGUAAUUAAAGAAUGUUUUCCCUGAGAAUCUCUAUUACAAUAAAAAAUGAAUUAUACAAGUUUAUUCGGUUGGAGUAAUCAAUUAAUAAUUCAAAUAAUUCUACCUGCACAUAUCACAUACUCUUAAAUUAAAGGUCUGCAGUAAAUAAGAGUCAUUAAAUUCAUUCUUACAAUCAUCACAACGAGGUAAAUCGGUAAUAAUGGGAGCUGGGUGUGCUGUUAUUUUUAACUGUAAUAAGCAACAUAGUGAGUUUCUUAAUAAUCUUGAGUUUUGUAUAAUUAUAGGUUUUUAAAUUUACCAUUUGUUCUUCUAAAUCAUCAUUUUCUUCUAUAAGAAAGCCACCUCCACUGUCUAUGACACGUUGUCCCUGUACCUUUAUUGUUCUACUUUUAUUUGUUGAAUCUCCAUUUUCUCUUUAAAUAUAUAUUAAAAAAUUUAAGGUUUUAUGAAAUUCUGCAUAAAUAAAAGUAUAGACUUCUCAAAAAUAAAUAUAUUACCCUUUGGAGUAAGGAUGAGCAACAACCUUAGAUUUUCUUAAAAGCAGUGCCUUUUGGCGAUUCCUUUCUGCACGUUCUUUGAGGUGCA